GUUCGUCUCUUUGUCUCUUUGAUCUGGGAAUUAAAAACAUGGAGUUGGAAAAAUCCAUACAGAAGCAAAACGACGCCGUGGUCAAGCUUGCGAAGCACGUCAUCACGACCUCAGCCAAAGACUCCAACCUCGUCUUCACACCGACAUCAAUCAACGUUUUGCUCAGCCUCAUCGCCGAUGGUUCCAGUCAUGUCUCCAAAGAAAAUAUUCUCUCGUUCCUCAUGUUACCAUCGACGGAUCACUUCAACGCAGUUCUGGCCCAAAUCUCCGACCGCAACGAGACUAGUGAUCUACGCUUGUCUGCGGCAUUCAGUGUCUGGAUAGACAAAUCUAUCUCCUUCAAGCCUUCUUUUAAAGAUCUUUUGAUGAACUCCUACAAUUAUAUGUAGUCAAGUUGACUUCGAAGCCAAGAUAACUUCGAAACCCUAAAUUUUGUUCACUUUUAUGUGGCCGUAAUUAAGCCAUUGUCUUUUGAUUAGUUUAUCGUUUCUUUUACAGCCUGAUGAAGUGAUUGAUGAGGUGAAUACAUGGGCUGAAACCCACACCAAUGGACUCAUCAAGGAGAUUCUUUCACACGAAUCUGUCGCGGAUAUUCGUAGCAGCAAACUCGUACUAGCGAAUGUAGUGUACUUCAAAGGAGCAUGGAGCAGAAGCUUUGAUGCAGAGUUGACAAAAAAUCUCGAUUUUCAUCUUCUUGAUGGCACCUCUGUGGAAGUCCCCUUCAUGACCAAUAAUUACGAGGAACAAUACCUAAAACAAUAUGAUGAUUGUCAGGUUCUGCGAAUCCCUUACGUAGAGGAGGAUCAUCGUCAGUUUUCAAUGUAUAUCUAUCUUCCUUAUGAAAAAGAUGGAUUGUCUUCACUGCUUGAGAAAAUAGCCUCCGCGCCAGGAUUUCUUGAUAACCAUAUUCCACUCGACCGAACAGAAGUGGAUCGUCUCAGAGUUCCAAAGUUUAAUUUCUCUUUCGAGUUUAAUGCUUCAGAGAUGCUUUAAAAGAAAUGGGGUUGACUUCACCGUUUAGUUCUGGAGGUGGAAGUCUAAGUGAGAUGGUGGAUUCUCUUACCGAUGGUGACGACAAUCUGUACGUCUCAAAGAUUCUUCAUAAAGCUUGUAUUGUGGUGGAUGAAGAAGGAACCGAAGCUGCAGCUGUCUCUGCCGCUGAGUGCGUGUGUUGUUGUAUGAAUUCAGAUUUUGUAGCUGACCAUCCAUUUCUGUUCACUGUGAGAGAAGACAAGAGUGGAGUGGUUUUGUUCAUGGGUCAAGUUCUUGAUCCUUCAAAACACUGAUUGAUAUAGUUUGAUGGUUUGCAAAAGAUGUAUGGUGUAAAAUUCGAAUCAAUGACCAAAAAUAUUGGCGUCAAAUACAAAUUUGGUUCGGUUCGGUUCGGUUCUGUUUUAAUGCCCACUGCUUGAGAAAUUGUGCAACUAGACACCUUCUAGAUGAAGUAGAGAGUCUAAAUGCUUUUUUGAGUGAAUCCGUAGACUCCGACGAGCUCAGAGAGGAGGAGAAUGAAGGAGACGAUGAAGAAAGGGUCGACGGAUCUGUUUGGCUCACCGACGUUCGUCGAUCUAGGGAACGGACGGCUCAGAUGCGUCGAGACCGGUCACGAGGUUGUAGCGGGAGACGAAGAAUCAUACGCUCGUAACAAACGGUGUCGUUUGGGACUCAUCGAUCACGCUUUAUCUCAGGGAAAGCCUCCUCUCAACAUGUUCUCGCAAUGCCCAAUUUCUCGUUCGAAACUCGUGUGCAAGAUUACAGGAGAUAUUGUGAACAAGAACGAGGAACAUAUCUGGAAACAUGUGAACGGGAGAAGGUUUCUUCACAAAUUAGAGCAAGUGGAAAGAGGAGCUGGAUCAAGUGGAGAGACCCUAGUAAGAGAAAUAACCAAACAGAGACGCAUUAAGGAAGAUACUGAUUCCGAUGAAUCGGAUUUUUGGAUGCUUAGGUCAAGUUCUGGUUCAGAGUCAGAGUCGGAGCAAGAGAGUGAUGAAGAAAACUGCAAAGGUUCUCUUCAUAGUGAUGCCAGAGAAUCUGAGGAGCUCUCAGAAAGAACAAAGAGAAUGUCAAUAGAGAUCGGACCAAGUAGCUUUGCUUCAAGGAAGAAAAAGAUUAGGAAUUUUGUUUAGAGUUUGUUUUGGGGAAGAAGAAGAAAAAAAAAAACACAAUACUGUUUAUAAAUAAAAGCUCUUUUCAAAUGAUAUGAUUAUUUUACAAGAGAUUUAUGAAUACAUAUGUGGCAUGAUGUACCUUUUACACAUCAGGGAAGCCACAAGAACAGCAUUUGAAUAGAUUUCUAUCAGUCUUAUCGUUUAGAACCAAAUCUCCCUUACAACGCUUCCCACACGAAGAGCAAAUCGGUCGAGAGAGACGAUUGUUAGGAAGCAAAUCAAAUGUCCCCGUACGACCCAUCUUUAAAAUGUAAUAGGUUAUUAAAUACACAUUUAGUAUGAAGAGUGGAGCCACAAUCAUUGCAUUUAUAAAACCUACUUUUUGAAUAUAUUUUCUCUUCACAAACCCCGCAACAAAACGUAGAAUUCACGUCUUCCUCACCGUAACAUACGUCUCACCAACGUGGGUAAAGUAGCGCAUCUGAAGCAUAAAAUGAAGCCGCCACAAUCAUCUUUAUUAAUACAAUGUAGUUUCAGCCAAUGUCUCGUGCCACAACUUUUACAUCCCUUGUCUCUCCUACCGUAUGUAAAUGGGAACAACCAAUGCAGAUGACUUUCAUGUUUAAAUGCGUCAGAAAUUGACGCACAACGCAUAUCAAUAUUGAAGUAAUCUUGGGUAUAUGAGAAACGUCGACAAGCUUCACAGAAAAAAUAGUUGUCAUCCUCAUCCUUGGCACACAACGUAAGUUGUCUGUUGUAGAUCGGGUGCCUUUUCUUCAGAGGGAGAUUAGCGCAUGCAUCGUGAAGUAUGAAAUCACACUGUGUACAUAUGUAACACGUUUCAGAGUUAAAAGGAAAAGUGCAUGCAUAACAAUGUUUACCUUCUUCUUCGAGUCCUAGUGAUGAUGAUAUUGACAUAGUUUUAAACAAGAAUCAUCAUGCGAGGGACAUAGUUCUAGGUUCAUUUCACACAAGAUCGCUAUGUUGGACCCUUCUUCUUCCAUUUAUUUUAGGAAAGAUUUUCGGCUUCUCUCUG